GGGGGGGUCCCUGGGGGGUUCGCGGGUUCCCCUUUGCCCCCCCCCUUGAGCCCGCGUAGCCAGCUGGAGCUGACGCCCCGCCCCUUUCGGCUUCCCGCUCUCCCAUUGGCUGCCCAGGCAGGAAGUGAGUCAGGGCGAGAGGUGUGGCAGGGCGUGCCGCCCAAUGGGGCGCGUCACGGAUGAAGCCAGUAGGCGGGGCGUCGUGGGGGGGCCGGGCCAACGGCGGGAGGGCGUGGAGCUCUCGGCCAAUGACAGCGAGCGUGGGGCGUGGCCUCGGGCACAGCCCCCUAACGCCCGCCCUCCCGUGAGGGCGCUGGGCGGGGUCUCCCUCCUCCUUCCUCCAAUAGGCAGCGGCGGCAGCGGGACACCGCCCAAUGAGCGGCGGCGAGGGGUGUGGCCUGGUGGAACGGCCGGGCGAGGCGGACAGACGGCGCCACCGCCCCCCGCGCUCCGCUCGCCGCCGCCGCCGCUCCCGGCCCGGCGCUCCCAGCGGAGACAUGGCGGCGUGCGGCGGGCUCAGCAUCCAGCUGCUGCUGGAGGCGGCCGAUUACCUGGAGCGGCGGGAGCGAGAAGCCGAGCACGGCUACGCCUCGCUGCUGCCCGGCGGGAAGGACGGGGAGGCCCUGCGGCGCCGAGCCAAGGCCAGGAGGAGCGGCGGCGGCAGCAGGUCGACGCACAACGAGAUGGAGAAAAACAGGCGUGCGCACCUGCGGCUGUGCCUGGAGAAGCUGAAGGGGCUGGUGCCGCCGGGCGCUGACGCCGGGAGACACACCACGCUGAGCCUGCUGACCCGCGCACAGUCCCACAUCAAGAAGCUCGAGGACUACGACCGGCGAGCCGUGCACCAGAUCGAGCAGCUGCAGCGGGAGCAGCGGCACCUGAAGCGGCAGCUGGAGAAGCUGGGGGUGGAGCGGACGCGCACGGACAGCGUGGGCUCGGCCGUGUCCUCGGAGCGCUCCGACUCGGACCGCGAAGAGAUCGACGUGGACGUGGAGAGCACGGACGACCUCCCCGCCGACCUCGACUGGAGCAGCAGCAGCCCCAGCGACUCGGACGAGCGGGGCAGCCUGCAGAGCGUCUGCAGCGACGAGGGCUAUUCCAGCGCCGGCCUGAAGCGCUUGAAGCUGCAGAGCGGCCACAAACCGGCUCCCGGGCUAUAAGAAGCGGCUCCCGGAGCUGCUCCACCCAUCGCUGUUUCCCCUCUGGAUCUCCUUAGGUAGCCCACCCGACCGUCCCGCCGCUCUGCACCUCGAACGUCCCCGCGUCCCGCAGACCGACGCAAAGCUGAGCUUUGCCGAAGUCCUAAACCGCACGGGGCUGCGGGCGAUGCUGCUCCCCGAGCUCGGCCCCGGCGCGCCCACCGGCUUCUCUUCCCAUCCCAACUCCCUCUGCACACCGAACAUUCCAAGCGCGCUCCGCUGCGCCCGAGGACGUCACGGCGGUGACAGUGACCUCCGCGCGCUCGCUGUCCCGUGUCCCCGAUCUGCUCCACGUCUGCCCAGCGACCUCACGUACCCGCUGAUCAGCGGCGAGGCCCCGAUGCCGCGUUUUGGGUGAGGAUCCAGGGACGGAGCCGCACUCAGGUGGUUUGGAGCGCGGGGACGAGUCGGCGUCGGCACGCGGAGCGUUUUGGCUGCGUCACGUCCCGCGGGGGCACAGGAAUUGUACCGGAGUCCCCCAGACCCGCUGCCGUCCCCACGCCGUCCUGGCUCUGCGCGUCGCCCUCACUCCACCAUCCCCUUCUCCUCUUGUCUCGGGGACAAUUUAAUUCUACCUCGGAGAGACGAACCAAGACGAUCUCCAGCCCUUUAGCACAAAAAACCAAGACGAUGCCUCAGCCGUUGGCCAGAAGCGACGCCGGGUCCCGUUCCAGCCACCGCUCAGCAAUAACCGGGGGGUCCUACGGGUCCAAACGCUUCCCCGGCCGCGGGAGGAGCUUUUGGGGCACCGAAUGGGCUCCCUGAGGAUUUUGGUCGCUGCCAAACACGCCAAGAAAAGGGGCAGAGCCCCCAGCGCCCAUAGCGGGGGGUCCAGCCCGAGAGCCCAGGGAAUGUACAGAGACGCCAGCUAGAAAUCCUAUUUAUUCCUUUUUCUACCCUAUGACUUUCUGCCUUUUCUAGACGUUUGCAGACUUGGAUGAGUAGAUGUUGCGCUAACAGACGGUUCUUUGCCUGUCGAGCUCCGAGGGCUUUUCCAUCCCAUGGGGGGAACAAACCCGCACCCGGUACAAACCCCCCGAACACGAACUCAGCACCCCCGGCUCCCAAAAAUGGGGGAAAAAGGCAAAAAGAUGAAAAGCACAAAAGACAAAACUGCAGAAUAUCGGCAUUUUGAGGCCCGAAACCGGGGAGGUCGGGGAAGCUCCGAUGGGAGGGAAACACACGGGUAUGGGGGUUUGUGUCGGUUGGACAGACCCAAAUCUUGAGGUUUCGACUCAUUUUUUGGUGGUGUGCCUGUUUGAGUGGCGUCUGUUGGUGAAACGCCACGCGGGGGUGGCUUUAUUGGUUCCCCCCCCCUUUUCUCCCCCCCCCCCCUUUUCUCCCCCCCCCCCC